AUCCACAGCAUUCGCAAACGGUCAACGGAAAGGCGCACACGGUGCUUUUUGCUUCGCUCUGAGAAAAUUUUACGCGCGAAUUUUCUUUUUUGGAGGUGGAAAAAUAACGUUUUUUCCGCGUGUGUGGGAAAGGUGAUGUUUUGAGUGAAAUGUAAAGGUGAACAGUUCAAUUUCUUCCCUUUUUCCGGGCUUCUGUUUGUCCCCAAUCGGCGUACUUGAGCUUCUGGGUGUGGAAAAAGAGGCGCCAAAAAGAAAUGAAAAUUCUCCGGAUUCUCGUAACAUUUUUUACAACAACCAUCCUCAUUGGGGCUUCAAAAAUCCCAAUGACGAAGCUCCAUUCGCACCUCCUGGACUCUGACACCAUGAAGAUGAGCUGGCUGAUUGAUUGGCAGGGUGAGGAGGUUUUCUUUCACGUUAAGAAUGCCUUCCACGGCGACGACAAUUGGUUCUACCUGGGCUUCUCCAAGCGUGGUGAACUCAAUGAGGCGGAUCUGUGUAUCUUCCAACUCAAGAAUAGCCUCUUCAAUCUUGCCACGGAUGCCCACACAAGUCUUGACGGGGGGACGGUGCUGAGGGAUGUGAAUCAGGAUUGUGAACUCCUCAGGAUUGAUGAUAAUUCCGUGGCAUUCAAGCGGCGCUUCAACACAUGUGAUCCACAGGAUCUCAAAAUGCACGAGGGCACAAUGUACAUAGCAUGGGCUCGUGGUCAGGAUGAUUUUGAUUUGGUAGAUUCCCUCAACAUGGAUGAGCUUCAUCCCAAAGCAAAUGGUGUAGCAAUGAUGCAGCUCUUGCGGGCUGAUAAGAUAAAUAUCCCCGAGAAGACUGUGCAAAAUGUUGAGAUUGUCCUGGACAAGGUGAUGAUUCCCAAUCGGGAGACAACGUACUGGUGCUUGGUGAAGAAACUCCCGGAUUUCUUGAGGAACAAGAAGCACCAUGUUGUGCAAUUUGAGCCCAUUAUUGCACCCACAAGUCGUCCUUUUGUCCAUCACAUGGAGGUCUUUCACUGUGACACUGAUCCCAAUGCUGAGAUCCCCGCAUACAGUGGGGAUUGCAAUGAUGCCCCUGCUGAGACUAAGGUGUGCUCCAAGGUGUCCUCACUGUGGGCAAUGGGUGCCAGUACAUUCACCUACCCUCCGGAAACAGGACUACCAAUUGGGGGGAAGGACUACAACCCUUACAUGCGCCUCGAGGUGCACUUCAACAACCCAGAUCUUGUGAAUGGAACUGUGGAUAGUUCGGGGAUGAGACUGAAGAUUGUGUCGAAAUUGAGGAAAUUCGAUGCAGCCGUCAUGGAGCUGGGCUUGGAGUACACUGACAAAAUGGCCAUCCCCCCGAGGCAGGUGGGCUUCCCACUGAGUGGCUACUGCAUUGCCGAAUGCACAGAUGCUGCCCUCCCACCCGAAGGGAUCACCGUCUUUGGGUCUCAGCUGCACACCCAUCUGCGGGGUGUUAGAGUCAUAACGAGGCACUUCCGGGGAUUGCGAGAACUUCACGAACUCAAUCGUGAUGACUUCUACUCGCACCAUUUCCAGGAGAUUCGACAACUCCGGAGGAAGCCUGUUGUGAAGCCCGGAGAUGCUCUGGUUACAACGUGCUACUACAGUACGCUGGAGUACAGGAAUACAACGCUGGGGGGCUUCUCAAUCAGUGAUGAAAUGUGCGUCAACUACAUCCACUACUAUCCAGCAACAAAGCUUGAGGUGUGCAAGAGUUCCGUGGCUGAGAGGACGCUCUCGGAUUAUUUCAGGCACAUGAAAAAGCGCGAGCAUCAGAGGGUGGAUGUCAAUGGGGCAAGGUCAGACAAUUAUCGAGCAAUUGAGUGGACUCCACCACGUGUGGACAUCCUGUACACGAUGUACGUGCGUGAGCCGCUCAGUAUGCAGUGCAACCGUUCAGAUGGGCAUCGUUUUGACGGCUACGACUGGGAGGGGGCUCCCGUGACGCCGGUGCCCUUUGAAAUUCCCCACGUGCGUGAAUCCUGCACAUUCCGGGACUUCUGGACAAAGCCCCUUGUUGAGGGGAUGUGCGACAUCCUCGGGGAGUGCAUCUACUAAGUACUGCACCAUCAACAACUGCAGCAGCAACCAAUAAGUACACACAAAAUGCCGGAAAUAUUUUAAAUAUUUUUAAUCAGAAAAAUAAAAAAAAUGCGAUACUGAA